AUGCUCGCUCAGAGAAAGCCAGCCAACGAGGUCGAAGAAUUUGCCGCUGUGAAAGUCUUCAAACCAAGAUACAUGAACGAGAGCGAAAACGACUAUGAGAAUUCAAUCUACAAAGAAUUUGACUUUUUGCAAAAUUUACAUCACCCUAAUAUCAUUCAACCGCUUGUGCUUAUCCGCUACAAAGCAGACCAACGAACGGGUUUAUGGACACAGCUCAUGGAACACGCUGGUCCAAAGGACGUUCAGGCCAUGAUCGCAGAGGGCAGAUUACGUGGCGGCAAUGAAGUUGACUGCGCGUUUGCACAAGUCGUAAGCGCGGUGAGCUACCUACAUGGGAAGGGCAUCGCACAUAGGGAUUUGUCUCUCGCCAAUGUCAUUCUACGAGAAGAGACUGGAUUGGUUAAGUUGCUUGACUUUGGCAGCGCCCUUCAAGUGAAUGCUUCUUCUCUGAGUCUAGAGAUCAAGGGCAAUCCGGCAUAUCUUGCUCCGGAAAUACUUGAUGGAAAGCCUUAUAGCCCUAUGGCAGCAGAUGUGUGGGCUUUGGGUAUAAUGCUCUUUGGAUUGUUGACCGCACACAUGCCUUGGGAGGAAGCCGUGCCAGAGGACGUAAACUUCAGUGGCUUCCUUAAGCAGCCUAUGGAUGACACAUUCAAGGAUAUUCCAGAAACAUGGCGGUCGUUAGUCAGACGCAUGGUGAAUACGGAUCCAAACCAACGCGCAACGAUACGUGAGGUCGUCGCUGAUCAAAGGGUUGUGAGCUUGCUGAAGUGUAGAGUACCUCAUAUUGCCAAACCCAAUGCCUAA